AAGAGAGUCAGUGAGGUAGGCUCUUCGCACAUAUCUACAAAUCCAUCGGAUAGGUGCGGACUAUGAGCUUCUGACGUUCCUUUCUACAGGGUAGAGCCCGAUGCUUCAAUGGCGCUUCUGUAUCGUUUCACGCGGGCCAAAGACCGCGCGGGGACAGGCAUUUUCACAUUCAUCGUCACCAGAUCUGUGACUCGCGACUUCUACCGGGAUGCGACCACCAAAGAAUUCACAUUCGGCUAUCAUCGAUGGGUGGUGAGUUUUAACAGAUCGGAUGCCAAGAUGCUCGGCGUGCACCUUAUUCUAAGAAAUGCCUCGGCUGGAACUCGAUGCUAUGUAGACUAUACAUUUUCGCUUUUGAAUAGAGAGCACUUUAGCAAGAAUGAAAUCUACUUUGAAAAGCAAUGUAGAUUCAAUGCAGACCAGCCUGCUCAGGGCCCAGCUAAAUGGAUCCUCAUGAGCGAACUGCACUCAAGGAAAUUUUCUGAUGAGAACGGAGAAUUUUUAAUGGAUCUGACAAUGAGCAAUCCUCUAACAGUUUACGAGGUGGAUGUUCGUAUGAGUCAUUUACCCUUUGGACAUCAUCACAAGCUCAACAACGCAGAAACUCCAUAUUUCGCAUUUGGAGGAUUUGAGUGGAACAUAGGCAUUCAUCCUCAAGGCAUUCCCGAAGACCAAGAAACCAGCAACCGUCCUAAAAUACUCCUAAACCGUCUAACUGGCUUCGACCAUGCUGUCCGUGUUCAAUACCGUAUUGUUCUGGGUGACGCGGACCGAGUGUUCGAUUCUGGUGUCCUGUGCCAGACCUCCGAUGUCACUGGCAAGAUCCGCGGCUUUCCUCUCAAGUGCGGCCUCCCUGACCUCCUGCAUCGCGGUAUUCUCAGAAUUUAUGUCGAAAUGAUGUUUGCCAAUGCCAUCAGCGAAGUGCUCAUUCCUUUACAGAAUCGAGAUCCCAGCGACACCACUCCCAAUUGUUACGACAGGGAAAAACAUGCCUGGUUAGCUGAAGGGGACAUCGAGGGCGAGUGUCUCAAGCUGAAGCUCUUCUGCUCGGACUUGCAUCACGUACCACGAAAUCAUCUCAGGUACGUCUCAUGGAAUGCCUACGUUGUCAGAAAUGAUAACAACGAAGCGACCAAGGAAAAGAAUAUGAUGGUUCUGAAUGCACCCCACUGGAAUUAUUAUAUUCAGGAAGGAGUUGAUAUGGGAAUCGUGAUGGAAACAGACAUUCCUGUGUCCGUGGUAGAUGAUCUGACUAUCAACUGUAAGGAGACAAACAAGAGCGUGUCCAUAGAAAUCGAGUGGCUCGAUUCACUUCUUCUUUUCAGCGCCAUCUAUCACAAAUACGACGACAUUCGUCGUCUUCAUUGUCACCAGAUGAAAAGAGAGAUCAUGGCAUUGCAAGCGGAGAAUUAUAGCCUAGAGAGGCAGCUGUUCAGCUAUCAAAAGUCGAUUUCUAUCGUGAAUUCGCGUGGCCAACCUCCAGAAGGUCUGCCCCAAGAAGACGCCGUGGAAGAGCCCUUCCGAACCCCUCUGCAAGGGGAGAGUUUUCCCGAAGUCAAAUAUAUCUGAGAAAGGAAACAGAUCUCUUAUGAAGUGCCUACCAUUAUUGAUGCAAUUUUUUGGGAACUUUUUAAAAACAUCAAGCAAUUUUUCCGCUCUCUGUUUAUAUAUAUAUAAUAGGUAUGUGUGUAUGUGUAUGUAUGUGUGUGUGUAUGUGUGCAUGCGUGUAUAUGUGCGUCCGUGUGUAUGUGCUAAGAUUUUUGAGCAUUGCGCUUCUUUUUUGCUACUGGCUGUACCAUAAAUCACUGCUUUAUCACCAAAAUAUACU